AUGGGCUGGCCACACGAUCUUGGUCAAAACACCGGGGCUAAUAGCAUUACGAUUGGUGGCAAACUUGUCAUCGGGCCGACGAUUGGUGGCAAACUUGUCAUCGGGACGAUUGGAGGCAAACUUGUCAUCGGGCCGGUGAUUGGUGGCAAACUUGACAUCGGGCCGACGAUUGGUGGCAAACUUGACAUCGGGCCGACGAUUGGUGGCAAACUUGACAUCGGGCCGACGAUUGGUGGCAAACUUGUCAUCGGGACGAUUGGAGGCAAACUUGUCAUCGGGCCGGCGAUUGGUGACAAACUUGACAUCGGGCCGACGAUUGGUGGCAAACUUGUCGUCGGCCGGCGAUUCGGGGCAUGUCGCUUAUUGCUUUCUCUUAUUACUUAA